AUGACGCAAAGAUCAUCGAACUUUUGGAAGAUCUUACGUGCACCAGUUAAAGAGCAUCUCUUUAAAUUCCUCUACCCUUUUCUUUUCUUUUAUCUCUCCAAGCAAAUUCAUCUCAAUUUAUUAAUUUUCAGGAUUAGCUUAAAGAUGGCAAAAUCCAACAAGCAGCAACAAAAAUCUGAUUCUCGAAAGCAUGGGGUUAGCCUGCGUAGGUUUUCCUCUCGGUGUACAAGGUUUUGUGAAGAUGCCCACCAUAGCAAAAGAUGUUUAAAAGCAUCGGAGAAGAAAGACUGGGAAGAUGCAGUUUGCUCGGUGUGCAUGGAGUUUCCUCACAAUGCUGUCCUCUUGCUUUGUUCCUCUUAUGAUAAGGGUUGCCGUCCUUAUAUGUGUGCUACUAGCCAGCGGUAUUCCAAUUGUCUUGAGCAGUACCGGAAGGCCUACACUAGGGCUGCUCCAACCCAAAGUGCACAACCAUGGCAAUGGUCAACAGACGAUCCAGACUUAUCGGCAACAUCUGGUUGGCCUGAUAGAAAGGUGGAAACAUCGGAGCUCUUGUGCCCGCUUUGCCGUGGGCAGGUGAAAGGUUGGACCGUGGUGGAACCUGCUCGAAAGUUCCUUAAUGCAAAGAAGCGAAGUUGCAUGCAGAAUAAUUGCUCAUUUGUUGGAACCUAUAAAGAGCUAAGGAAGCAUGUGAAGUUGGAGCAUCCGCUGGCACGUCCUCGAGAAAUGGAUCCUUCAAAUGUGGAAAAGUGGAAAAAACUUGAAAAUGAGCGAGAUCUAAGUGACGUGUUUAGCACGAUCAGAUCUACCACGCCUGGUGCUAUUGUAGUAGGGGAUUAUGUAAUAGAGAAUAACUAUCGUGGCUUUUCUCGGGGUUUUGAUGUUGAUCAUUAUUUGGAUGAUGCGCUUUUCAGGAUGGGACGGAUGGGUUCAUAUGGUGGACGCUGGAAUAGCUCUCAAUUCUCUUCUGAUUUUUUCCAGGAUGAUUAUGAUUUACUAGAUGAUGAAGAUUUUGCCAUGCAACAAGCUGGUGCUUCUGUUUCAUCUAGACGAAUUGGAAAUAAUGUUUCCCGAUCCCGUGCAAGAUUGUUGGUUGGAAGGCGGCGAGGACGGCUCAGAGAAGGUAGGUAA